AUGACCACCACGGCCAUGCAACACUUUGCUCAACUUUUACAAAGAUAUGGUAUUGACACAGUUUUUGGAAUUGUGGGUAUCCCCAUUGUUCAAUUAGCGGAUACGAUGGUUGCCAACGGUAUCAAAUUCAUACCAUGCAGAAACGAACAGGCCGCGUCAUACGCUGCCUCUGGGUAUGGGUAUGUUAACGAUAAGCCGGGCGUAUUACUUAUUGUAGGGGGUCCAGGUUUAAUUCACUCACUUGCGGGUAUAUACAAUUCAAUGAACAAUAGGUGGCCUCUUUUAGUCAUUGCGGGAAGCUCUUCCCAAAGCGAUAUUCACAAAGGCGGAUUUCAAGAGCUGGAUCAGAUUAGUCUGUUGUACCCUUUUUUGAAAUUUACAGGCAAGUUAACCCCUGACAACGUUGACAUGGUUACUCAAAAGGCUCUAAAUCACUGUAUUCAGGGCACCGCAGGCGUCUCAUAUAUUGACGUCCCUGCAGACUUUAUUGAAAGUGAAAAACCCCUAGAGGGAAACGACUACAUAGCGAAUGAGUUGCCCAUGAUUUUAACCCCAAAGAAGUGCGGCCCCGAUCCAUCCCAGAUCAAAGAAAUCGUGCAGCUCAUCCUUCAUCACAGAGACAACAACAUUCUAAUAGUAAUUGGGAAAGGUGCGGUGAAAAACUCGCAUGAAAUUCGCAGACUAAUAAACAAGUUCAAUCUGCCAUUCUUGCCCACCCCAAUGGCUAAGGGGAUUGUCCCAGACUCGUCGCCCCUGAACGUUUCUUCUGCGAGGUCUCAAGCCUUGAAAACCGCGGAUGUUGUACUCGUUCUCGGCGCAAGGCUGAACUGGAUAUUGCACUUUGGCACAUCACCCAAAUGGAACGCAGAAUCCAUUUUCCUCCAGUUCGACUCCAAUCCCGAAACACUGGGCGACAAUAACGCAUCACCUGGUGCCGACCUUUCCGUUUGGGGCGAUGUGGGCUUGAGUGUGACAGCCUUAAUGGGAGAACUGGAGCGUCAAAGCCCUCGUUGGAAGUACAGCGGUGUUAACCAAGCCAUGCGGGAGAAAAUCCAAUUGAAUCAAACCCGUUUAUUAGAGAAAGAGAAAGUCGGGGGUGCACAACUGAACUAUCACCAGGUUUACGGGACUUUGAGGCCGCUCAUCGAUGACUACAGGACGAUUCUAGUCACGGAGGGGGCUAACACCAUGGACAUUGCACGCGUUUCGUUCCCGACAGACGUUCCAAGACGCCGUUUAGACGCGGGAACCAAUGCUACCAUGGGUAUUGGGCUUGGAUAUGCUCUAGCGUCGAAGGCGUCCCAUCUGGAGCUCGACGUGGUGCUGAUCCAAGGUGAUUCCGCUUUCGGGUUUUCCGCCAUGGAAAUUGAAACAGCGGUGAGGUGUCAGCUGGCGCUGAUCAUCGUUGUAAUGAACAACAGCGGCAUAUACCAUGGUGAGAAUAACACUGGAUCCGAUUUACCCCCCACCGCACUCAGUAAAAAUUGCCGCUAUGACCUAGUGGGCAAAGGUCUGGGCGCCCAUGGGUUUUUCGUGAACACAUUGAGUGAACUAAGCAAGAGUUUUCAGCAAGCCGUGCGGUUGUCCCGCGCCAGAAGGGAAACUAGUGUCAUCAAUGUCAUCAUCGAGCCUGGCGAACAGAAGCAAAUAUCCUUCGCAUGGCAGAACAAACCGCGCCUAUGA